AGUAAAUACAUGCAGAACGAACAGCUAAACGAAUUUACUCCAGCAGAGCAUAUUCAUCAGAUUCGCUCAUAUUUCGAUAUCAUAGACAAUGCAGUUCAAAUUGGUGACACUAAUAGAAAAUAUUCUGACGCAAAGAUUCCAUCACAACCUGGAACUGCUAAAGAUAACACA